UCGCGGGAAAAUUCAGUCGAGAGUUUUGUUUUUCUGGAAGAAUUAAGGCGAAGGACUUUAAUCCCACUGACAACAUUCGUUUCUGUGAAUUUUAGUUGUUCCGCUAGCUUCACCAAAUGUCGAAGAAAAAAGGAUUGAGUUUGGAGGAGAAGAGAACUCGCAUGAUGGAGAUAUUCUUUGAAACGAAAGAUGUGUUUCAGCUCAAAGACAUUGAAAAGAUCGCCCCCAAGACGAAGGGCAUAACUCCAAUGAGUGUAAAGGAGGUGCUACAGAGCCUGGUGGAUGACAACAUGGUGGACUGUGAGAAAGUGGGCACCUCCAACUACUACUGGGCCUUUCCUAGCAAAGCCUUAAACGCUCGCAAGCACAAACUGCAGGAGCUGCAGACACAGAUUUCUGAUGCAAAGCAGCGGAAAGCUAAUCUACAAAAGGCGGUGGAAAAGGCCACAAUUGGACGCCAAGACACAGCAGAGAGGAGCUCCUUGUUGAAGGAGCUGGAGGCUCUGAAAGUGGAGCGAACUCAACUGAAGGCCGAGUUGGAGAAGUACAGGGAAUGUGAUCCAGAAGUUAUUGAGGAGAUGAGAAACUCAAAUGUUGUGGCUAAAGAAGCUGUUUCCAGGUGGACAGAUAAUGUAUUUGCCCUCAAGUCGUGGACAAAAAAGAAGUUUGCUUUUGAUGACAGCCGCAUAGAUAAAGCGUUUGGGAUCCCGGAAGAGUUUGACUACAUGGACUGAAUGUCAUACCGUCUUUGUUUGUCGAAGCAGUAAGAAAGAAAGAAAGAAAGAAGAGUUUCCUUUUGGAGCUUUGUUGCUUGGUUCCUCUAGUUCUACAUUUGUUUUUUAAUGCAUUUAAAAUAAAUAAAUAAAUGCACUGUGAUGCAACAGUCAUAGAUGGGCUUUGAAGAAGAAUGCAUAUCUAUAAGACAACAGAUGGACU